UCUGCGCAUAGAGCCGAAGCUGUAGAGAUCCUUCUGUAAUUUCUAUCGACUACAAUCCCAGCAUGCGCAACGGAUGUAAACAUAUGGCGGAGAGCUAUGACUGAGGAUUUUGAUGAAGAAGUUGUGUUCGAGAACUCUCCUCUGUUCCAGUAUUUGCAAGAUUUAGGACACACAGAUUUUGAGGCAUGUUCACCGGUUUCUCAGGAGGAGGAGUUAAGCGCUGGUGGAGAGGAGAGGCCAUUUCCACAGGAUAUCCUCUCGUCUCCCAGACAGAAGGGUGAUGUUUGGAGGCUGGUUGAUGCACUGCGCAGCCUUAGUCCACUUCAUCGAGACAGCACCACCCAGUGGAAGAAGCAGCAGCUGGAUGCUGCUUUCCGCCAGUAUUCCCUGCGCUGUCUGUUAUCUCAGGAUGUGCUGUUACAGGAAGAUGUCGAGCUGAUUGAGCUGUUGGAUCCGAGCGUCCUCUCUCUGGGCUCAACAGAUACUGUCUGCCCCAGUGCCAGCAUCGCCGUACCAGCACCACGCUACCUCGCACAACCCUCUAUAUGGGAAGUUUCGGUGUUGUUUGGGAUGCUAGCCAUCCUGCUUGGUGUCUGCUGUUUUUGCCCUGAUCAUGAGCUUGCCUUGUGGGCGUCUGUUUGCCUGGUUUGUGCGGUGUGUGCGUGUCGUGGUCUGUCUCUGUGUCGCAAGGCAAGUCUACAACGUCACGUCCAAUCUCUGGCUAUCCAGCUGGAAGGUUUGGUGAAUAACAGCCGAGCAUUGACCAGCCUGUCCCGCAAGUCACUGCGUCUGAUACAGGAAACAGAAGUCAUUUCAAGAGGUUUCACCCUUUUACUCGACAGGGUGAGUGGUGCCUGUCCCUUUAACAGGGCGGGCCAGCUACGCAGCCAGCAGCUGAUUGGUCUACGAAAGGCAGCCUAUCAGAGCCUUCGUUGCGCGUUCCGAGCCUCCCGUCUGGCCACGUGCGUCAUGCUGAAGUCAUUUCCACUAAACUCAGAGAUAGACAACGUCACUAACUAUGUGUCCACCGUGCCAAUCAGAGAGCUGGGUCUCGGCCUGGGGGUGGAGCAUCUUUCAGACGAGCAAGCGCAAGACUUGACCAAUGAUUACAGUCUACCUGCGCUCAAGAUGUUGUUCCAGUUGUGGGUGGGGCAGAGUUCCGAGUUUUUCCGGCGACUAGCUUUGCUGUUAUCUCCAGGAAGGCAGGAGCUAGACUCCAGGUCCACCCCCCUUACAUAUAACAGCGUCCCUUUGAUUACCGACUCCCUCCAUCGAACCCUGGCCUGUUGCCUUGGCGACCUUCAGCGCAGCUAUGACUUCCAUCGCUACUUUGAGACCCAGCACCAGACAGUGGGCUCAGGAAAAAAUGCCAGUGCCCGACAGAAAUGUAGAGAGCUCAAUUCUCUGCACACUUCAGUCCGCAGUUUACAACUUCACCUGAAAACACUCUUAAACGAGGUCAUAAUCCUGGAGGAUGACUUGGAGAAGUUAAUGGUUGCUAAGGAAACGGAGGAGAUGACGUGUGCAGGAUAUCAGGAGCUGAGGGAACGUUUACAGCUGUUGCAGCCACACAUGCAGGCCAGCACCUGCUGCUGGGAUGACACGCUCGCACAGGUCGACCGCAUGCUGUGCAGAGUCUCCAGCUGUCCAGAAGGUUCCGAACCGCCGGAGGAAACCGCUUUCCCAGAAGCCCCUCCCACUGCCCCAAUUGCACACAUACAGGACAGAGACCCCAUUCCUGAAGAACAGGAACUUGAGGCCUAUGUUUCGGAUUCUGACUCUGAGACAGAAUGGAGGGCGACCGCAGACAUGUUGUCGCCAUGCGAACUGGAGCGUCAACGGCGGGAACGAGAAGAGUCGAGACGCGUUUUACUCGAGCUGAAAUCCGUCCUGGGAAUCAGAGCCUCGGAUGGAGAGAGAGACAAACGCAAGCGUCUGCUCUUCAGCGAUCAAGCUGCUCUAACUCCAUUCACUAAUAAGACGCCUGAAGAAACAGAGACAAACUCUAUACAGCCGUGUGUUUCGGCAGAACCUACUACUAACACAGGAAAUCACAUUUCCCAAGAAACACAAGGGCAACUAAUAACAGCAGAAGUAGAAAGGAACGAUAGUGAAAACCAGACUGACAUCAUGUGUGAGGUGGAAGGAGAAAAUUAUUUAGUGACUGAAUUUUCUUGUGGCGAAUCGGAGGGGGUAACCGAUGCAACUAAUGUCAUCUGUGGGGCGGAGACCUCAGAAGAAACACAGCUCUUCCAAUCACAUGGGCUUAUUGAAGACGGAACACACCCACUACUCGCAGCAAGAGUUCCCACGCUUUCAGUGAUUGACAGGCUCACAGAACUGCAUGGCUCAGAAGCGCUAAGUUUUAGCUCCGCUUUGGCCGCCCAGGUAGCAGCGCGUUCGCAUACGUUCACACACAUGCAAGAAUGUACCUUUGGGGACUCUGAGGACGAAGAGGAAGUGACAUCACAGGACAUGAGAGAAACUGAGGAGGACUGAAACCGCAUUUUCAAGACAUCCAGAAUAUUUAUUCUCGUGUUUUAGUUUAAUUUAUUGAGCUUGAUUUCAGGUCGCUGAAAUCAUUGGAUGUAGCUGGUGUGUGUGAAUCUGUUUUGGUGUGUGUCUGUGCUUUGAAAGUGUGUGUAUGUUUUAGAGAGCUGUAUGUUUCAUGGGACAUUCUUUGUCCACGUUUAUCAUGACAGGCCUCAGGUACAGACUGGCACACGCUAGUACACAAAAUAACACCAAAACGGACACAUGUACUCACAUAACACAUUUUACGCCCUUGGCCGUUGCCUACUUGUACUUAGAUUCAUGAAAGUAAAUGGUACAGAGUCUUAUUUUAAUUCCCAUUUAUUGGGGUAAACAUGUCCAGGUCAUACAUCACUCGAAAAUCAAAAGCGAAUGAUAAUUUGUAUUUUGCAUGUAGAAAAUAAACCUAGCUUAAAAAAACACGCUUUUUUUCGGACUAUUAGUCAUUUUUUUAUUAACACAUGAUUUAAAUGAAUUACAAUAGUAUGCACAUUUUUCCUAAAUCUUAUUACCACAGAAUUUUUUUAAAUUAUAAAACAAAUGUUAUUUCUGUGAUGCAAAACAAUGGGGAUUAACCUAAUUUAUUUAAAUUGUGAAAUAUUUGUUGUACUUCCCUCAGUUUAUGCUCAUGUCGGUAAAUGUAUGGCUUAUGAAUCGGUAAACAAAUGGGUGAAUCCAAAUAUUUUCCAAAUAUGAAUACAAAUAUUUUCCUCAUUGUUCAGUUUAUAAAAAUCACUUUUUAUACAUCAUUCAAAAUAUAAAUUUAUUUUGGCUUUGGGGUGAAAUUAUGACCCAGACAUUUCAAUUCAUUUAAUUGCACAGUUUAGCAAGAAAAAACAUACAAAGAGAUAUGUAUAUGUGUAGUUAACAAAUAAACCAUACGUGUGUCCUAUGGUGUGACAGCAAAAAAAUAGGAAAAAAAUUAUGAAAAUAAAUCUCUCUUAUGCUAUUUUAUAUAUAAAAUAUAAACAUUAAUAAUAUAAAAUAAAUUAUUAACAGUUUGUGUUCUGCAAAACAUGGUUCUGUGUUCCUGUCAAACUAUAGGACUAUAGGUCGUGGCCUAAUAAUUAGAGAGUUCGAUUCCCAGGGCCGGCGGGUAACAACUGAGGUGCCCUUGAGCAAGGCACCUUACCCCUACUUGCUCCCCGGGCGCUGCAGUGAUAGCUGCCCACUGCUCUGGGUGUACGUGUGUUCACCACUUGCUGUGCAUGUGUUCACUACUCUCUGGAUGGGUUAAAUGCAGAGGUCACAUUUCGGGUAUGGGUCACCAUAUCUGACUAAUAGGUUAUUUUCACUAUAUUCUGAUGUCUGAUUUUUGGUGACCUUGAAAAGACAGCAUUGUUCCUCUUGCAAAAUAUUUGUUUCUGUGUCACUCUAUAAAGAAAAAAUAAAUACAUGCCCUUAUUCCAUUUCCACAUCAAACUUGUCUGUUCGGACACGGCUGGAUUUCCUGUGUGACCAUCACAAGGUUAUUGUUUUUCUCUAAAGAAUGUAGAAUUUUCUAAGUAUACUUGUUAAAGCAGUUUUCAACCCUAUGAAAUUUACCUUCCCUUUAUUUACAGUGGAUUGCCUCAUUUUUGUUCCACAAAGAGUAUAAAAAUCUCUCUUUGGCAUCAUAUAUUCUUUUCAUGUACAAUAAUGUUCUUUACUAGUUGUCGGGCCCCUUUUUCAAGUACUGGCCCUCAAAUAUUACUCAAGGCCUUUCAUGUUGUCCGAAUUUAGACCCUAAUAUACACUUUACGCUCUGGAAAAGCAAUCAAGCUGCAGUUUAUUUGCCUUAAACACUCUUUCCCCGGAGGUGUCAUUGCACUUUAGAGUUACACUGAAAUGUUAUAUUGGGACUUGUAGAAUGUUAAGGAGAACAUUAUUAAAAUAUUUGAUCCUAUGACUCAACAUUUGUGUGUAAAUUGUUUGUUGUAUGUUUACCACUCUUCAUUCAUUUUUUUCAUGAAUAUGCAUGACUUGCAAGACUGUCCUGGCAGUGGCAGACUAUAUUUGACCUUUUUUCUAAGGGUCGUGUUUUUCCUCCGUCCAUUUUGUUUGUGAAAUAAAGUAUAUGUACAUAUGUGUUUGUCUUUUGUGAGGUGACCUAAUAAAGUUCACACUGGAACAGACUCUUGUGCAUAUAUGU